GACACGCCUCUUUCUGCCCGAGAGCUCACCAUUAGCCCGGGUGACUUUUUUUUCCAAAAAAAUGUUUAGUUUUGAUUUCGAUCUUUCGAAUGUAGUGAUUGUAAUGUAAUUGUGCAUUUUGCGGAUUUAUGCAGGAGAGAGAGCACCAUGGGAAGAGAGGAAAACCUCAUCAGAAUUGCCAAAAAGCUGGAUAAGAUGGUAUCGAGGAAGAGUAUGGAUGGUGCUCUGGAUCUGCUCCAGGAACUGCGAGGUGUAAAGAUGACUCUAAAGUUGUUGCAGAGUACAAAAAUUGGCAUGUCUGUAAAUGCAAUUCGUAAGCAUAGCACGGAUGAGGAAGUCAUCGCGCUCGCUAAAAUCCUCAUCAAAAACUGGAAGAAGCUUCUAGCCUCAGAAAUUCCAGCUGAUCACAAGGCUGUGAAAGCAGCAGGAAAGGAGGGUGAGAAGAAAGACAAAGCACCAACUGUGUCCCCAGCACCCCGAAAACAUCACGAAGAGAAAUGUGUGGAGAGGCAAGAUUUAUUCAGCUCCAAGCCUCCACUGACAACUUCACCCAUGUCCAGGAAGAACUCCACAGAUGGACAGCGGGACCAUCAGAGACGUGAUUCCUCGAGCUCGAUGUCACCAAUGACUCUUUCACCUAUGUCCAGGAAAAACUCUACAGAUACUGAAGAGAGGAAGGAUUCAUACAACAGCAAAUCAUCAACAGUGACCUCGCCAGCUCGAAGAACUUCAGUGGAUAGUUCGAAAGAAGAAAGUGGUGUUGGCAGCAAGGGAAAGAUGGAAUCACCUUCCACACCUACUAGCCCUACCUUCUCCACACCAACUAUCCUCCCUCCUUUCUUGUCAACUGGGGAGUCCAUCCGUGACAAAUGUAUAGAGAUGUUAAUAGCAGCUUUGAAGACUGAUGAUGAUUACAAGGACUAUGGUGUGAACUGUGACAAGAUGGGUGCUGAAAUUGAAGACUAUAUCUACCAGGAGUUUCAGAAAACAGACAUGAAAUACAAAAACCGUGUUCGAAGCAGAAUAAGUAACCUGAAGGACCCAAAGAACCCUAACCUGAGAAAGAAUGUGUUGGCUGGUGCGAUUGACUUGUUCCAUCUGGCAAAGAUGACUGCAGAGGAGAUGGCCAGUGAUGAGUUGAAGGAGCUUCGCAAUGUGAUAACCAAAGAAGCUAUCAGGGAACAUCAAAUGGCAAAGACGGGUGGAACUCAGUCUAAUCUUUUUCAAUGUGGAAAAUGCAAGAAGAAAAAUUGUACCUAUAACCAGGUCCAGACCCGUAGUGCUGAUGAACCAAUGACCACGUUCGUCCUGUGUAAUGAAUGCGGAAACCGCUGGAAGUUCUGCUGAUCGAACAGGACACAAACAUUUUCACGACCAUUUGAAUUACGGCCUUCUGUGAGGAGA